AUGUUCAGUGGCUCCUCGAGCCCACCUAAGGAAAGAAUCGACUCUGUCUCGGCUCCGAUAGCUGGACUUGAACCCAGCGACCUGAACCUUCAGCCGGAGAACGCCAGCCCUCGUGACAAACGAUUUUCUCCCCCGAGCAGCGGCUUUUUCAACCGUCGUCAAAGCGAUCACGAAGCCGUGACAGGAGAGAAGAAGCGCCGCAGUAGUACGGUCACUAAAGCCGCCAAUUUCUUCAGCAGUGCCAAAAACUCCUUUAGUUUGAACGGGGCGCGUGACUCGCCUUUCUCCGCUCUCAGUUCGAGUCCCUCGGCCCACGAAGGUACUCUAUCCAAGCUUGGCAGGAUGGACCCAGCUCUUGUCGUCCCGCAGGGAUCAUUCAACAACUCUGCGGGCGAAUCGGCGCCCACUCCACGAUCGACUUUCCGCGUGGGUGUUACGGAAGAUCGGAAUCGAAAAUGUCGCCGUACCAUGGAGGAUACCCAUGCCUACUUGUACAAUUUCUAUGGCACACCUGCCCCUACGUCACCGGACACCAGUGCCACCAACUCGGCCGAGCCGCCGAGCGAUCCGCAUACAAGCAUGGUGGAAACAGACAAUGGCUACUUCUCCAUAUUCGACGGUCAUGCUGGUACCUUCGCGGCUGAGUGGUGUGGCAAGAAAUUGCACCUGAUCCUCGAGGAUGUCAUGCGCAAGAAUCCCAACACUCCUGUCCCCGAACUACUCGAUCAAACUUUCACCAGUGUCGAUCAACAAUUGGAGAAGCUACCUCUCAAAAAUAGUGGCUGUACUGCUGUAAUUGCCUUGCUGCGCUGGGAGAAUCGCGUGCCCAGCUCUCAGUCCGCGACCGGUUCUGCCAACAUUGCCUCCGCGGUAGCCGCUAGUAGGAGUGACGCCAAUGCCAAUGAUGUCUCAGAUCAGGAGGGCUCCGCCACGUCGAUUCCAAAGCUGCAACAACAAGCUCAACGCCAACGUGUGUUGUACACCGCGAACGUUGGCGACGCCCGUAUCGUACUGUGUCGUAACGGCAAAGCUCUUCGGUUAUCCUACGACCACAAAGGCAGCGAUGAAAACGAGGGAAAGCGAAUCACGAAUGCUGGAGGCUUGAUCCUCAAUAACCGCGUCAAUGGUGUUCUCGCAGUCACUCGCGCCUUGGGCGACGCAUACCUGAAGGAUCUGGUCACCGGGCAUCCGUACACGACCGAGACUGUCAUCCAGCCGGAUGCAGACGAAUUCAUCAUCCUGGCAUGUGACGGACUAUGGGACGUUUGCUCAGACCAAGAAGCUGUCGACCUCAUCCGCAACGUGCAGGAUGCCCAACAAGCGUCUAAAAUCCUAGUCGAUCACGCGCUGGCGAGAUUCAGUACGGACAAUCUUUCCUGUAUGGUUAUAAGACUCGAUCCGUCUCGUGUGAAGGACGUCGUCAACAGCAAGCCGGGCGCAAACGCAGUUGAAGGCGAUCUCGCGGCCACUGUCCCUCGGGGAAUGAGCGAAGCAGAUAAGAUCGUGGAGACCGCCAGGAAUAGCAUGGCCAAGACUGGAACAGGCGACCAAGGGAUGACAGAGGAGGCGCAGGAUGAUAUGGCGGUCAAGACGGCCACCGAGGAGGACAAACCCGCAGUCCAGAUGUCUACCAGUGUACCUGGCAAUUUUUCACAAGCAAGCGUACAGCCUUCGACGCAUACCACUCAAGAAACAAAGUGA